GUUGUAGAACCUGACAGAUAAAGAGGCAUGCUAUUCUCUAGAAUGAUGUGUUGAGAAGCAACACGACAAUUGCUAUAAGUAAUGUCCAUAGAGGAACAUGCUUUAUGGAGUAAAGUCAUAACAGUGAAAUACUGUGAGGAGCUGGGGAAUGGAGAAGCGAUCGCAUCAUGAUGCCACAUGGAACUGCCUUACGCGAAGAGUUGGCAGACUUCUGUUAAAACAUGUAAAUUGAAGUGGGUGGGGGCAAGAGUUAACUUUCGGAAGCAAAGAUUAUCUGAUGACUCCCUUUAUGUGAGGCUUUCCCGAUAAUCAUCAACAUGUCAUGCCAACAAGGAGAAAGCACACCAUGAGAUCCUUAUUAAAAGAUUACAAAAAUCAUUUCAGGAAAAAAGUUCAAUCCUUCACUUAUGGCUAUAGGAAAUUAAUAGAGGUUAAAAAUAGUAGGGAUGAUGCUCUUAAAUGUACCCAUUAUAUGCCUCUUAUUCGUCCAGAAGGAAAGCCACUGCCUUGUGUGAUUUACUGUCAUGGAAACAGCGGAUGUAGAGCAGAUGCCAGUGAAGCUGCUAUUAUAUUAUUGCCACUAAACAUAACUGUUUUCACCCUUGACUUCUCUGGAUCUGGAAUUUCUGGAGGCGAGCACGUUACAUUGGGGUGGAAUGAA